AUGGGGAAUGAUGGCGCUUCAACUUCAUUUUCAACCCUUUACGGCGCCCUGUCCUCCCAAUCGUUUGAUCGCUCGGGCCUCACGGCUGUCUGGCACUUCUGCAACGAGGCGCGUUUGGCGGCCCAACGGUCGACUUUGAGUGACGUCGCAACCUACCUACGCUCCCUUUAUUACAAUGAUUCUGUGAAUCGCGGCCAGGUUGUGUUUUUGACAACUCUUGUGGUAGCAAUGGCUGGCUGUGGACUUCUCUCUCGCCUCGUGAGGCGCAGGCGAUCCGACAAGACUCGGUCGUCGCGCUUCUUGAUUCGCAAGAUCACUUCCAAGUCUUCCACCAAGACUCUCACUUCCUCGUCGGAUGAUGACUACGAGGACGAUGAGUAUGAUAGCAACGGCUCUCUGCGGCAUGUCACCAAUCCUGAGCAGAAAGCUCCGGAGUGGUCGGUGCAGUCGCAGCAGCAAAGUUCCGAUGCCUUCAAAUCGGACCCUGGUCUGCUGAAGAAAUUCACCACCUACAACUCCUACACCACCUCCGUGGCGACCUACCCGGCUAUUCGAACUUUCUUCUGCCCACACCCAAACCAGAGCCGCCUUCCGACCAAGCCAACCCCUCUUCCUUUGCUAGUCGUCGUGCACGGCUUGGGAGGGUCACUUGCACAGUUCCAUCACUUGCUCAAGAGUCUGUCCAAUGUUGGAUCGUGCUUCGGUAUCGAUCUACCGGGCUGUGGCUUGUCCAAAUUUGCGCCGACCGAGUGGGACGCAUACAAAGUCGAGGCGUUGGCUGAACUUUUGGCUGUUGCCAUCGAGCGACACCGCGAUCAAGAGAAUGGUCAAGAAGUGAUCUUGGUUGGUCACAGUUUGGGUUGUUCUCUGUCGGCUCUGCUUGCCUCCUCGACUUCAUCGAUCGGCAAGAGCCUGAAACCACACAUUCGCGGGCUGAUCGCGAUCUGCCCGCGAGCUGAUCCGCCGUCUGCACAUGAGGUCACAACCUUCCGCAGACUGCUCCACAUUCCUGGUCCAAUCUUUGACCUGUGGCGUUUGUGGGACCGACGUGGCGGAAUCGAGAGCGCAAGCGUGAUGAGAAUGGUUGGCAACAAUGCCGAUGCCGAGACUCGAGACCUUCAGGUUCGGUUCAAUAAACAGAGUCAGACUCCGGUUUGGCGUCGCAUGGCCUGGGGCACUCUUCCGACCUACAAUGGAAAUGAGCCCGUUGGCGGCAUGCCUGGUGAGAAAGUCUGGGCUGGUAUCAACAUGCCGAUCUUGAUGGUAGCAGGUGAGGCCGACGCAGUCACGAAGCCGGCAGAAAUCCAAAAACUGCUCAAAUUCUUUGGUGACUCUUCGGUCCCUACCACCAUCGACACCGACGGGAGCAGCGUUAUCCCUGAUGCCUCGCGAGUUUGUGAUCAGAUGUCAACAUCCUCCAAUCUGCUGGCUCACGAUGAGAAAUAUGGCAUCAAACCUACGAAUGAAGAGAAGCAGAUCAACGAAGUCAAUCUUUCUAGCACUGGGCGGAGGCGGCUGGUCAAGUCGGCCAUCCUGCCCGCACCUGCGUCCCACGCUCUCCUCUACGACCGUGCGACGUACCGUACCCUCGCCGGGAUCAUCCAAGAUUUCCUCUUGCAUCACAUCGACAAACGUUUGGCCCUAGGCUGGCAACUGCAAUACAUGAACACUUCGGGUAAAUGGGACGUGAAGAAUCUCGCCAAGUGGCAAAAGGUCGCCCCGGUCUCCGAGCCAAUCGCCAACACCUUCGCCGCGCUCAAGAUGCUCCGCGAAGUAGACGAGCAGCACAACCCAGUCCUCUUCUCCCAGAAGUACCGCGACCGCAUCUACGCAGUCAUUGAUAUCAGCCACGAAAGCCCAGUCUACAACCCAGCCAUAAUGGAAGCAGGCGGCAUUCACUACUGCAAACACCCAACGGUAUCCAAGAUUCCGCCAACCCCCGACGAGACCCGCGACUUCAUCGACCUAGUCGACCGUCUCCAAGGCGAAAUCGACGUCAAGAUGGAGAAACGCGAGGACCACUCGCAGCCGCGUCCGCUGGUCGGCGUCCACUGCCACUACGGCUACAAUCGCACCGGGUUCCUAAUCGUCUGCUACCUCAUCGAGCGACGGGGCUUCGGCGUUCAAGACGCCAUUGACGAGUUCAAUCAGCGCCGAGCGCCUGGUAUUCGUCAUGAACAUUUCAUCGAUACUCUCUUUGUACGCUAUUGCGUAGGCUUGAAGAGGGCACCUACUCUGUAA